GCCACAAUUCUCGACUAUGAAGUCCCCACACACCCUAGACUAGUUCUCCACAGACGCAGAGAAUGGAGUCAUGCCUCCCCGAAGCCUCCUCCUGCUGCUCUCGGGGGCCCUGGCCCUGACCGAGAUCUGGGCAGGCUCCCACUCCAUGAGGUAUUUCCACACCUCCGUGUCCCGGCCCGGCCGCGGGGAGCCCCGAUUCAUCUCCGUGGGCUACGUGGACGACACGCAGUUCGUGCGGUUCGACAGCGACGCCGCGAUUCCGAGGAUGGAGCCGCGGGCGCCGUGGAUGGAGCAGCAGGGGCCGGAGUAUUGGGAGAAGGAGACACAGAGAGCCAGGGACACCGCACAGAGUUUCCGAGUGAACCUGCGGACCCUGCUCCGCUACUACAACCAGAGCGAGGCCGGGUCUCACACCCUCCAGUGGAUGCAUGGAUGCGACCUGGGGCCCGACGGGCGCUUCCUCCGUGGGUAUGAACAGUUCGCCUACGACGGCAGCGAUUACCUCACCUUGAACGAGGACCUGCGCUCCUGGACCGCGGCGGACACCGCGGCUCAGAUCUCCCAGCGCAAGUCAGAGGAGACCGGUGAGGCGGACCACCAAAGAGCCUACCUGGAGGACACGUGCGUGGAGUGGCUGGGCAGAUACCUGGAGAACGGGAAGGAGACGCUGCUGCGUGCGGAUCCCCCAAAGACACAUGUGACCCACCACCGCGCCUCUGACCAUGAGGCCACCCUGAGGUGCUGGGCCCUGGGCUUCUACCCUGCGGAGAUCACACUGACCUGGCAGCGGGAUGGGGAGGACCUGAUCCAGGACAUGGAGCUUGUGGAGACCAGGCCGGCAGGGGACGGAAACUUCCAGAAGUGGGCGGCUGUGGUGGUGCCUUCUGGAGAGGAGCAGAGAUACACGUGCCAUGUGCAGCACGAGGGGCUGCCGGAGCCCCUCACCCUGAGAUGGGAGCCGUCUUCCCAGCCCACCAUCCCCAUCGUGGGCAUCGUUGCUCCCCUGGUUGUCCUUGGAGCUGUGGUCACUGGAGCUGUGGUCGCUGCUGUGAUGUGGAGGAAGAAGAGCUCAGGUGGAAAAGGAGGGAGCUACUCUCAGGCUUCAUGUAAGUCCUGUUUUUGUUCUACCCCAGCCAGCGACAGUGCCCAGGGCUCUGAUCUGUCUCUCACAGCUUGUAAAGGAGAGACCCUGGGGGUCUGAAUUGGGUGGGGGGUGGGGCAGAGGGGACAGGACUGGGUUAUGGGGAUUUUUUGAUUGGGAACUUUUGAGUGUGUGAUGAGCUGUUCAGGGUCAUCACUUACUGUGACGGAUCUGAAUUUGUUC